UGGUGUGUGUCUACACAGUUUUAAAAUAAAAUACAUUUAAGUCAUAGAUGUCUUUCCUUUUCAUAGCGUGGUUUGGAAUAAUAAUAUUCAAUAUGUUACCUGAUCUUACCACGAUGUAAACAAACAUGUAAACAGUAUCUUAAGCCCAUUGGAAAGAAUACAUACAAACUUCUGUCUGUCCGUCUAUAACUGUGACUGUUGGUCACCAACAACAUGAUGGGUGAAUCCACGAUGUGAUCCAGAGCACAGACUGCCCCCUAUCGUCGGUCUGCGGUACCGACAGCCGGUUGGUUCUCGUUGAGGACAGAAAUUUGCUCCUCUGCUUAACAUCUCAGUGUGAAUAUUAAUCUAGGGAGCGUCGGUAUAGUUCUUCUCCUUUUACUCACCGUGACGUGUUAUUUUAAUUUAAUUGGGGGGAAAGAGUUGUCAGUCAGAGAUGAAGUCUCUGCAGGAGGAAGUGCCGCUCCCCUUAAACCCCGCCUCCCGUCGGACGGACACAACGCCGAUUGGUCGAUCCCUUUCCAGGGCAGCCGGCGGUGAGCCUCUUCAUUGGCUGAGAGCUGGGACGCAAAGGUCUGCCGGUAAGGAGCUCAGUGCCGACAGCCGGGAUGUCAAUUCAUGUUGCGCGAAGGGAGAGAGACAUAGCCGGGCACGCGAGAGAGCGCGAGAGAGAGAGAGAGCGAGAGAGAGCGAGAGAGAGCGAGAAAGAGAGAGCGUGAGAGAGAGAGAGAGAGAGGCUUCUAACGGUACCAAAGUGUUCUGUUAGAAAUCAGGAGGAAGUGAAAUUGAGAGUUCAGACUAGUUCAGCUGUGGUUGCACGUUCCCUCCGUGUUCUUCCACUUGUCUUCCAUUGCGGGGCCAAACAUGCGCGGUAGCUUCAGAAGGCACGAGGCGCACUGAAGGCUGCCCGGCAUCAUCCCAGGUCCGCGGGACCUUUCGUCUCCUCUGCUCUGCUCCCGGGGGUCGGAGCCGCGCUCGGGACGAACCGAACGUUCCGAAAGCGAUAAAGCGCCGCGGACCGGGCCGUUUGCUCCUCUCCGGUUCACGGGUGGUCCACAAGAAGAACCCUCGACCCGUACACAGAAGAAACAACCCGCGGCUCGCGCUGUCCCUGAGACCCAGCGGGAGAUUUACGGCGAACACCGGGACGGCCGCGUGUCUGCGGACGCACUGUGGCGCACAGAUGGUGUUUCUGUGGGACGCAAAAUACGACCCGGCCCCGGGCCGGCGCUACACCCCCCCCUCCACCACCUUGGCCUCGGGGGGGAAGAUGGCCGAGGCCCUGCCUCUUGGCACUCAGGAGGCCGGAGGGGCUUCUCUGGUUGGCAAACUGCGCAUGGCUGACCGCGGCAUGGUGGAGGUGAUCUCAGACCAUCCGAGCGAGCUGAUGAAGACGGACAGUCCCAACUUCCUGUGCUCGGUGCUGCCCACGCACUGGAGGUGCAACAAGACGCUGCCCAUUGCCUUCAAGGUGGUUGCCCUGGGCGACACCCCCGACGGCACCCUGGUGACGGUGAUGGCCGGGAACGAUGAGAACUACUCGGCGGAGCUUCGCAACGCCACAGCCGCCAUCAAGAACCAAGUGGCCCGGUUCAACGACCUGCGCUUUGUGGGCCGCAGCGGAAGAGGGAAGAGUUUCACUCUGACGAUCACUGUGUUCACCAACCCUCCUCAGGUGGCCACGUACCAGAGAGCCAUUAAGAUCACAGUAGACGGUCCUAGAGAGCCCCGGCGUCAUCGUCAGAAGAUGGACGAAGUCAAACCCGGCACCCUGGCUUUUUCGGAGAGGCUAACAGAGCUUGAGCAGCUGAGACGGAGCUCUAUGAGGGGGACGCCUCCUCACCACCAUCACCAUCAACACUCCGCUAACACCCGGCAAGCUGCAGCUCUCAACUCGGCCACCUUCUCCAGUCCGACACACGCUCAGAUAACCGCUGACUCCAGACAGAUGCAGCCGUCUCCGUCAUGGUCCUACGACCAGUCCUAUCCCUACCUUGGUCAGAUAACUACGCCCAGUGUCCACACAUCCAAUCCGCUAUCGCCUGGCCGCUCGUCGCUCAGUGACUUGUCGUCGCGACUCGCAGGUCCCGACCUCACGGCCUUUGGCGACCCCAGGAUGACCUUAGAACGGCCUUUCUCCUCCCUUCCCUCCUUGCCCGACUCUCGCUUCUCUGACCCCCGAGUCCACUACCCUUCCACAGCGGCUGCCUUCACCUACACCCCCUCUCACAACGCCGUCUCUAAUGGCGCCCUCGGCAUCACCAUGGCGACAGCCAUGGCGACCACUCCGGCAGGGAGGUAUCACACCUACCUGCCUCCGCCCUAUCCGGCGAACACCCCCCACCAGGCUCAAAACGGGCACUUCCAGUCCACCUCACCGUAUCACCUGUAUUACUCCACCGCCGCCGGCUCAUACCAGUUCUCCAUGAUGACCGGGGGAGGAGGCAGCAGUGACUCACGCUCUCCACCGAGGAUCCUGCCACCGUGCACCAAUGCCUCCACAGGCUCCUCCCUUCUACACCCCUCUUUGCCAAAUCAGAAUGGAGGAGUGGGGGUGGAGGUGGAGUCCAGCCACAGCAGUUCCCCAACAAACAUGGCGGCCGCCGAAGCGGUCUGGAGACCUUACUGAUCCCGGAUAGGGAGUGCAAAGUGACCACCUGGUUAGGUGACGGCAGACAGCAGACACUGAACACAUGAAUCAGCACUCUAUGUGGUCCUCGAUUACUGCUGGAAAAGUAAACGCAAAAUAAUUGGUGGUUUCUGUUUUAUAACGGUUUGCUUAAUUUCCACCACAUCUGGUCACUGUAGUUUUUAUCGUUACUCAAACCUACUACAUUUCUUCAGAACUAUUUUCAGUUGCAGAUCAAUCUACAUUUGGGGCUGUCGUCAUAAUUUGUGGCGGUUAAUGGUUAAUGUGGGAUUGAGCAAAAAUAAACCACAGUCACAUUUGGAAAAAGCAGUACCCAGUACAAAACGUCAUCACUUGACCAAGAGCUAGAUUUCAGCUUUCUACUGACAAAACAGCGUAAAACAAGCAGAAUGACUUACUGCCACACCGCGGGGAGUAGACCUGGGUCGGAACCUGCCGGGCCUCACUCUCAGGACAGAGCAGUGGAGAGAAGAUGUCCCUCGGACUGAUAAAAAGAGAGGAGCGGGGUCAAAGUGCAUGCAGCAGCACCGGACUGAUCUCGGCCUCCUUUGUAAAAUAGGAAGCCUUCAUCCCUCAUUAUAAUGUUGUUGGUGCUGUGUAUGGAUCGCUGGACUCAUGGCACACAUUUCCACAGCCUGUUUGUGUUGACCUUCGUCUUUCUAUCACUCUUUCUUCCCCAUGACUUAACCACUUCUCUUUCCUUCUCGCUUUUUUUUUUUUACACAGCUCAGCCCAUUUCCUCUUGAAGAAAUGAAAGAAACAUGAUGCUCACUGUGUGUGUCGUACGCCGCCAGGACAAAUUUGGGCUAACGCUGUUAAAUGGUUCACAAAUCUUAGCUUUACAACGGUUGAGCUAGUCGAUUGAUUACAUAUUUAUUAUUCACGGCCCUAAGCACAAAGAAUUCUGCAAACAUUGAGAACCCGUAAAAUCCUUUAAUGUAUUUUUGCAAUACCAUCUUAGUAGCAUUUCAUGUGUGUGUGUGUAUGUGUGUCACAUUUACCCAUGAUCCACUGUUGAUCUGUACUAAAUAUAAUCAGGUCUGUAAUUAAGACCUGGAUUUGAUCAUGUUUUCAUGCUUUCAUCACUCUUACCUCUCUCUGUCACACGCACGCACACACACACACACACACAUGCACACGCACACAAAUGAGUUCGUUUUGGAAUUGUUGAUAAUGCACAUUUGGUUUUGAUUUCUAUAAACAUUCUUGCAAUGGAAAUAAAACUCUUGUCCUGUGUGUUU